AUGGCCACCUCUACUUCAGGCAGAACUCUGAAGGCAGAAGUCGAAUCAAGCAAAGGUCCCCGGACUCCUUUUGCUCUUAUUAUCGGUCGUAGAGUCUGCCAGAAUAAGAUCAGCUGUGAGUUUAGAGCUGUAGUGGAGGAGUCAGUCAAUCAAAUCAAAAAAGAGCUCGACAUAGGGCUCCACCUGCCUUUGAGGGCCAAAAAGGGGGAAGCAAUGAACAGCCGACUGUCCAACCAAGAGCCAGACGGAAAAGCAAUCCAACGCUCUGUCUGUUGCAAUGGGGAAUUUGAUCUGCUCGAGUUAGAACCCCCUAAGUCACGAGCAAAAGCUCUUGCUAUAUAUUUUGCUGCUUAUUCAAAUGUACAUGAAAUUAAUCAUGCUCUAUACCUGAGUGAGGGUAUGGGGAAUUACUCGUCAACAAGCCUGAAAAGAAAGAGCAAGCGGGGACGGGACAUAGUUUCAGGGCAAACGAUAAAGGCCUCAAUGAAGCCAUACAGAGCCUGCGGUUCAACUAGCUACGACUCUUGGAACAGCUGGAGUAAGAAGUCCCCAAACGAGCGUAUUAUGGGGGACCGUCAAGCACAUCCGGCAAGGAUCAAGGGGGAUCUCUACCAUCCGGAUGAAAAACUCACACCGCCAGAGCUAUUUCAUCCCUUAGACUGCAUAGGCUUUGCCUGCUUUAAUAAAGAAACGGAGAACACUAUCACUACGUGGUCCCGCGCAUCUACCAUUAUACCCGCAAUGAUCGGCCAUACGAUUGCCGUUCACAAUGGUAAGGAACGACUCAUAAAAAACAAAACAAAAAUAGGAGUUCCCGCGGAUGGAAAACCUCUGCCGAGCACUUCAAUCAAACCUUCUUUUAGGAAAGAGUUAGAUGCCCGACUCAAAGGAUCUCUCCCUAAAGCAAAGGCGAAGAGCGCACAACUUUAUAGCAGCAUGGAAGAACUUAGUGUUGUUGUCACCCACUCUCUGAUAGACACCAUUGGCAUAUCCGUCUUGUUCCCAACCUUGAGGAGGGCGUCGCCAAUGAACUCUGCGGCAGGAUGA